UCAAUCAGACUCUCUUGUGACCGUUGCGUCCUCAGUCUUCUUCGCUCUCUCUCUGAAGUCUAAACCAUGAAGACCGCUUUCUAAACCACACACACACUCUCUCUCUCUCUCUUGAAAGCAAAAGGCAUCCGAAAGAAGUCAGCUGUAAAAGCAGCUAAUCAUGGGGUGCUUUCCAAAAUGUUUCACUAGUUGUAAGCGCCGAAAGCUCAAAAAAUCAGUCACCGUGACUCCAUUUAAACACCGGCAAAGCCUUAAAGCUACUGAAAAAGUUGUUCAAAUUCAACAUGCUGAACCCACAAAGCUAGAAGACGUUUUGGAAGCCAUUAAACUCACCAAAGAAUCAAAAGAGGAGGAGAAUGAAGAACAAUCAAAGAAUGAUGCCAAGAAGAAAGUUACGUUUGAUUUGAAUACCAAGGUCCAUCAUGAAGAAUCAUCUACCACUACCAAGGAAGUCACCAAUGGCUUGGUGGAAAGCUCUGACGAGAAAGAGGAAAUACAAAAAGAGAUGGAACCGAUUCUGGGUUCCAUUAUAUCAAGCGUAGCACCAUCUCAUCCGUUAAACAAAAGAUACGAAAAUUGCCAAAACAAUGAGGAUGAAUAUGAAGAUGUGGUAGACUUAGAUGGAAGUGAUUUGGAUGCAGCUGAUGAUUAUGAAGGAGGACAUGUCGAUGAUGAGUUUGAUAGUAAGCAGCAAAUCUCAAUUCAAGAAGAGUCUUCGGAUUCGUUGUUUUCACUAUCGAUAGAUUCCAGGAAACAAGUUUAUGAUGCUGAAAUAGAUGAGAAGGAGGUCAACAGUCCAAUGCCAAAGCUCAGUGCCUCUAACCAGGAAGUUAAUCUAAUAGGAUCAAACCAAAAUGCUAGGGAUCAAUCAUUGCUGAAGCCCAUUGAAAAUCUUACUCAAUGGAAGGAGGUCAAAGAGAAAGCAACUUCCACAGCUUCAAAGCACCACGAGAAGGAGAACAUAAAUACAGAGCAAGAUUGCUAUGUACCCUUUAGCCCAGAGCCUACUUUGAAGCUGUCAAAACACUGCCCCAGGCCAAAGUCCGAUGACCAGGGAACUGGGGUUGACACUAGCCUUUCAAGCUGGUUGGUUGAAUCUGAGAACACGCCCAAGUCCAAUGCCAGUAACAAUUCUGUGGGGAACAACUCACUUUGUGAGAGAGUGACAAACUCAUCCAGAAGCCGUGAAGAUAGGCCAAUUUUAGGAGCUUGGACAACUGAAGAGAUGAAACAGUUGUCUGCUUUUUCUACCCCGAGACGGUCGCAAAGCCCAAGUCCGGACCAGAUACCGAUCAUAGGCACUGUUGGGAGCUACUGGUGUCAUACUGGUCAGACCAUGGAUUCAGACUCAAGCUCUUCUUGCAGCGGAAUGCCAAGAACAGCAGGGAGAAACAGAGAGGAUCAGAAAGUGAAAUGGAAGUCUACUGCAUUUGAGGCAAAAUUGGAGAGAGCUUUAGACAUGGGUCUACUUGAAGCUUAGCUACAAAUUAUAGCAAUGGUGUCUGAGAUG